GAAAACCAAAACAAUCUGUCACCGACACCGUGGAAAGCAAGCUGCAAUUUUAGGAGAAAGUUCGUUUUCAUUCUAAAUUUUCUGUAAUUUCAAAGGUUUCAAGUGCUUAUUUUACGCGAUUCAUUGUUUAGAAGUGAUCAGUUCGGAUUACCGAAAAUGAGCGACUCACCAAGUGCCGAGCAGCGCAGCAAACGACGGCGGAUCGAUAAACAUGGUCGGUUCGCCGCGCUGGAAAAGCUGCGGAACGUGAAGGCGGCCGGCGGUAAAAAUAAAUACGAGGUGGACGAGGUUAAAAACGUAUACGACGAGGUAGACGAAGCCGAGUAUGCCAAGAUAGUCAACGACCGGGCUCGAGAGGAUUUUGUGGAUGAUGAUGAUGGAAGCGGCUACGGUUACGUGGAGAACGGUCGCGAAGUGUUUGACGAGGAUGAGCUUGAAGACGAGGGUCCCAGCCGGAGUAAGAAGAAGGAUAAGAGUCAAAAGGGCAAGAAACGAUCCAGAGAAGAGACCACUCCUGCGACGGGGCGGAAGUCCUUGAAGAGCUUUUUCAACAAGGAACGCGAAACGAAAGUGAAAAUUGCGGACGAUGAUGUGCUGGCGGAUAUUCUGGGAGAAAUCAGUUCGGACAAGAACGGAGGGCAAACGGAAACCAGUUCUAACACGACGAAAGAGAUUCGUCCUAUGAAAAUGCCGGUGAAGCCCAAACCGGUUGACAAGGAUGAAGAAAUGCGGAAGUAUAUGGAAAACUUCAGUAAGAACAUCAAAAAGUCUGAGAAGGUUGAGGAAGCGGACAGCGAUGAGGAAAUGCUGGAUCGUGUGUUGAAACAAAGCUCAUCGGAAAACAAACUGCAAAAGCAAAGUAGGCCGAAGGCACCAGCUGCAGCGACGGUGCAGUCAAAGCAACCGGUGCAGAUUGUGAAAGAGGCGCCUUCACAGCCUGCUAAGAUGCCAGAGGUGAAACAGGAGCCAGCAGUAGUCACGGAAGACGCGGGAUUCUCCGAGCUCUUGGAUGAUGAUUUCGAUCUGACUGGAGCCCCAGAGAUGGAAGUAACCCAGAAAUGCCCGAUGAGUCAAGUCAAGCAGGAAGUGAAGCAGGAUGUUAAAAUCGAUUCGGAAAAACUUCUCAGCGGAUGGGAGAACAUCUGCGCGUCGGAACUGGAUGAUGACAUGGUGACCGAAACGGAUGCAUCCACUUCGGAGGGCACCGGUUUGUCCGCGGAUGGAGAUGAAACGGUGAAAUUCUGGUUCUGGGAUGCCUGGUCCGAUCCAAGCAAAUGCCAGGGCGAGCUCUACAUUUUCGGAAAGAUGGCCACGGGAAACGAACAGAAUCAAUACCAGUCGGUUUGUAUCCACGUGCAGAAUGUUGACCGUUGCAUGUACAUGCUGGCCCGCGAGAAAGAAUACGAUCCUCGCAGCCAGACAAGCUUAGAUAAAGACGUCAGCAUGCUGGACGUGUAUAACGAAUUUUGCAACGACAUAAGCACUAAACUCAAAGUGACCAAGUACAGAACUCGGGUCGUUACGAAGAACUUUGCCUACACCAGCGGCAUGGCCAAUUUGCAGAUUCCGGCCCAGAGUGAAUAUCUGGAAGUUCGGUACAGUGCCAAAUCGCAUCCACCGGAUACGGACCGGACAUACCGAACGAUUUCGCACAUUUUCGGAACCAACACCAACGUCGUGGAGCAGUUCCUGCUGGAACGCAAAGUCAAAGGUCCCUGCUGGAUGGUUAUGAAGAACUUCAAGAAAAACCCCAGUCCGGCCAGUUAUAGUAAGGUGGAAUACGUAGUUCCGGAAAUUAACUGCAUAAGUGUGGCUCAGGAUAUUGCAACGAAGCCACCUCCGCCUCUGGUGAUCUGCUCCAUCAACGUUCGAAGUAUUCUCAACAAGGGCACAAACGAAAUUUCCAUGAUAUCCGUGUUGACCCAUGAUAAGUUUCCGCUGAACAAGCCUCCUCCGAAUCCGCCCUUCAAUCGCCAUUUCUGUGGAGCGGCUCGCCCGGCCGGAACUAGCUGGCCGCACGACUUCAACGCGCAAGACCCGAGUCUGCACACCAAAGUGAUCAAAUGCGACAACGAGCGAGCCCUGCUGAGUUGGUUCCUCUCACUGUACGGUACCAUCGAUCCGGACCUGAUCGUCACCCACGACGUGUACAACUUCCAGCUGGAUCUGCUGUGCCAGCGUAUGAUGACCCUGAAAAUUCCACAAUGGUCCCGUAUCUGUCGGUUGAAGAUGAAGCUUCCUUCGAGCAAACGGGUGGACGACUUCCUGGUCGGUCGGAUGGUGUGCGACGUGAAGACCAGUGCCGAAGAGUUGAUCAAAUCCCGGAGCUACGAUCUGAACACCCUCUGUGUGGAAGUGCUCAAGAUUCAGGACGGCGAACGAAAGGAUGUCCUCCUGGAUGAUAUUCCAGGAAUGUACGAAAACACGGCAGAUCUGAAGCAACUGAUUGGGCUCACCAUGCAGGAUAACUUCUACACGAUGAGAUUGAUGUGCGAACUGAAUGUGCUACCGUUGGCCCUGCAGAUUACCCAGAUCGCGGGCAACCUGAUGAACCGAACGCUGCACGGUGGUCGAGCCGAGCGGAAUGAAUUUCUGCUGCUGCAUGCUUUUACCGAAAAGGACUUCAUCGUGCCGGAUAAGGCUCCAAAAGCGGGACCAGGUUUCACCCAAGAGGGCUCGGAAACAACUACCGAGCGUCGCAAACAGAAAAGCAAGGCAGCCUAUUCCGGCGGUUUGGUGUUGGACCCAAUCAAAGGUUUCUACGACAAGUUCGUCUUGUUGAUGGAUUUCAACUCUCUCUACCCGAGCAUCAUCCAGGAGUACAACAUUUGCUUCACAACGGUUCUGCCGCCAGCGACGACAUCCGAGGGUGGUGCUGAGGAGGAAGAUACCACCGCCGUGAUCCUGGAAACCGACGAAAUGGGAAUUUUACCGCGUCAGAUUCGCAAACUGGUCGAAAGUCGAAAGGCGGUCAAGCAACUGAUGAAGUCGCCCGGACUGGAACCGGAACAGAAGAUGCAGUACAACAUCCGCCAAAUGGCCCUCAAGUUGACGGCCAAUUCGUUGUACGGUUGCUUGGGUUAUACCAGAUCCAGGUUUUAUGCGCAGCACAUGGCUGCACUGAUUACGCAGAAGGGUCGUGAGAUUCUGAUGAAUACUAAGAGCAUUGUGGAGAAAAUGAACUACCAGGUUAUCUAUGGUGAUACGGACAGUAUCAUGAUCAACACCAACAGCAUCGACUACGACGAGGUGUACAAGAUCGGAUCUAACAUCAAGCAAAUCGUGAACAAAACGUACAAAUGUCUGGAGCUGGACGUGGACGGAAUCUACAAGUAUCUGCUGCUGUUGAAGAAAAAGAAGUAUGCCGCCGUUUCGAUUGCCAAGGUGGGCGACGAGUUCAAGUGCACCCAGGAGUUGAAGGGUUUGGACAUCGUUCGACGAGAUUGGUCCAAACUGGCGGUAAUUGCCGGAAACUUUAUCCUGAGCGAAAUUCUGUCCGAUAAACCGAUGGAUGAGCGAAUCGAGAACAUUCACGCAAAGCUGGAGAAGGUCAAAGAUGAUCUGAUGAAUGGGGUCACUUAUCCGUCGCUGCUUGAAAUCACCAAACAAUUGACACGUGCGCUGAACGAGUACUCAGACGCGUCUCAACUGCCGCACGUAACCGUGGCAAUGCGAAUGAACAAGCAACGGAACCGUAACUUCAAACGGGGAGAUGUCGUCGGUUACAUCAUUUGCGACGAUGGAACAUCCGCCGCGGCCAUGAAACGUGCCUACCACAUAGAUGAACUGAAAGAUCCGGCCAACAAGGACAAGCUGAAACCGGACGUGGAAUACUAUCUGUCCCAGCAGGUUUUCCCGGUGGUGUUCCGAAUCUGUGAACCGCUGGAAGGAACGGAUGCCUGCCGGUUGGCCAUGUGCCUUGGAUUGGAUCCGAAAAAGUUCCAGAGUAUGGCUCUGAAGGAUACCGAGAGAGACUACGUCGACGGUGAAGCAGUACAGAAGACCAUCGCCCAGAAGUAUCGCCACUGCCACUGGUUUGAGUAUACAUGUGUCAUAUGUAAAACGAAGAACCCCGUGGCCAGUGGGUUCAAGCAGGACGGUGGACGGUACAAGUCGGUAUUUGAGCGCUGUCGGAAUGAGAGUUGCAAGGUGUUGCCUCACCAAUAUCUGCCGGCAAUCGUAAACGAGUUGAAUGCAGCGAUUCGUGGGGACAUAAAACGGUUCUAUCAGCGGUGGAUGGUAUGUGACAACCCGAUUUGUAAUCAGAACACAAGACUUUUCUCUCAGGUGGCCAGCAAAAACAAUCCCCACUGUUUGCACUGCCAGAAUGGACUUCUGGUGCAGCAGUACUCCGAAUCGGACUUGUACAAGCAGCUGAAUUACUAUAAAUAUAUGUUCGAUCUGAGUCACCACGACGGCAGGGUCGUAAAGCUGCUAUCGGCUGAACUUCGCAACAUCUACACGGCACUGAGCGCAACCGUUGAACGGUUCCUGUCGAAAUCGAAGUACGCCAACAUCAAGCUGUCCACGCUGUAUCUGAACUACGUGAUGAAUCCCAGUUCGCGGCAAGCCAAGAUCUACCCCAUCAAAGAGCUGACCAACACGAUCGCCCACGAGAAGAAAGCCCCUUCGGCCAAAGGUGCCGAACUGGUUCGGUGGCAGCAGUACCUAAACUACGAGUAAAGUAUACAUUUUCUUAUUAAUUGCUGAUUUAUUUCAUAUUGUGAGUUUUGAUAGGGACCAAUAAGAUGAUAUUUAUAGAAA